CCAGGAACCGUGGCUCUGAGGGAGAUCCGUCGUUACCAGAAGUCUACUGAGCUGCUAAUCCGCAAGCUGCCCUUCCAGCGCCUGGUGAGAGAAAUCGCCCAGGACUUCAAGACAGACCUGCGUUUCCAGAGUGCUGCCAUUGGCGCUCUUCAGGUAAGAUCACCACUGACUGCUGCUACCACACAUAUAGAUAUGUAUCUGAAGGCUAAUGGAUGGCGUGAACAGGAACUCUUAUUUUCUUAAUCCCAUGAUUGGUCAAUUUGUCCCUACUGUUUUCUCUUCCUUCUCUCCACCAGGAGGCCAGUGAGGCAUACCUGGUGGGUCUGUUUGAGGACACCAACCUGUGCGCCAUCCACGCCAAGCGUGUCACCAUCAUGCCCAAAGACAUCCAGCUGGCUCGCAGAAUAAGGGGAGAGAGGGCC